CGCGGCUGCUGCAGGAGGCGGCGCUGGCUGGCGGCUGCGCUCGCUCCAGUCGGCGAGCGGAGCUGCGAGCGAGCGUGUGUUUUUUAAAGAUGGCCGGAGCGGCGGCGGCGGUGGCCGCCGGAGCAGCAGCUGGAGCCGCCGCGGCAGCCGUGUCGGUGGCGGCUCCGGGCCGGGCCUCGGCGCCCCCGCCGCCCCCGCCCGUAUACUGUGUGUGCCGGCAGCCGUACGACGUGAACCGCUUCAUGAUCGAGUGCGAUAUCUGCAAGGACUGGUUCCACGGCAGCUGUGUUGGAGUAGAAGAACAUCAUGCUGUUGACAUUGACCUGUAUCACUGUCCCAACUGUGCAGUUUUACACGGUUCCUCCUUGAUGAAGAAGAGGAGGAACUGGCACAGGCAUGACUACACAGAAAUUGAUGAUGGUUCCAAACCUGUGCAAGCUGGAACUAGAACUUUCAUUAAGGAAUUACGUUCUCGAGUCUUCCCAAGUGCCGAUGAAAUAAUUGUAAAGAUGCAUGGCAGCCAGCUGACACAAAGAUAUCUGGAGAAACAUGGAUUUGAUGUCCCUAUUAUGGUUCCUAAAUUAGAUGAUCUGGGACUCAGGCUCCCUCCACCUACAUUUUCUGUGAUGGAUGUGGAACGUUAUGUAGGUGGUGACAAAGUGAUAGAUGUCAUUGAUGUGGCAAGGCAGGCAGACAGCAAAAUGACACUUCACAAUUAUGUUAAAUACUUCAUGAAUCCUAACAGACCAAAAGUGUUAAAUGUGAUCAGCCUUGAAUUUUCAGAUACAAAGAUGUCUGAAUUGGUGGAAGUCCCGGAUAUAGCCAAAAAACUUUCCUGGGUGGAAAAUUAUUGGCCAGAUGAUUCAGUCUUUCCCAAGCCAUUUGUUCAGAAAUAUUGCUUAAUGGGAGUUCAAGACAGCUAUACCGAUUUCCACAUUGACUUCGGUGGAACUUCAGUCUGGUACCAUGUCCUCUGGGGUGAGAAGAUUUUUUAUUUAAUAAAGCCAACAGAUGAAAAUUUGGCACGUUAUGAAUCUUGGAGUUCAUCUGUGACCCAGAGUGAGGUGUUCUUUGGGGAUAAGGUGGAUAAAUGCUACAAAUGUGUGGUAAAGCAGGGACAUACCUUAUUUGUUCCUACAGGGUGGAUUCAUGCUGUGCUCACUUCUCAGGACUGUAUGGCUUUUGGGGGGAACUUCCUGCACAACCUUAACAUUGGCAUGCAGCUCAGGUGUUAUGAGAUGGAGAAAAGGCUAAAAACACCAGAUCUUUUCAAAUUCCCUUUCUUUGAAGCCAUAUGUUGGUUCGUAGCCAAAAACUUGCUGGAAACCCUGAAAGAACUGAGAGAAGAUGGUUUCCAGCCUCAAACUUACCUAGUACAGGGAGUGAAAGCACUGCAUACUGCUUUAAAAUUAUGGAUGAAAAAAGAACUCGUAUCUGAACAUGCCUUUGAAAUUCCAGACAACGUUAGACCUGGACACCUUAUUAAAGAACUUUCUAAAGUAAUUCGAGCAAUAGAGGAGGAAAAUGGCAAACCAGUUAAAUCUCAGGGAAUUCCUCCUGUGUGUCCAGUUUCACGAUCCUCAAAUGAAGCAACUUCCCCAUACCAUUCCCGAAGAAAGAUGAGGAAACUUCGAGAUCAUAAUGUCCGAACUCCUUCUAACCUAGACAUUCUAGAGCUCCACACAAGGGAAGUCCUCAAAAGAUUAGAGAUGUGUCCAUGGGAAGAGGACAUCUUGAGCUCUAAACUGAAUGGAAAAUUCAACAAACAUCUCCAGCCAUCUUCCACAGUACCUGAAUGGAGAGCGAAAGAUAAUGAUCUACGAUUACUGUUGACAAAUGGAAGAAUAAUUAAAGAUGAAAGACAGCCCUUCACAGAUCAGAGUCUUUAUACAGCAGAUAGUGAAAAUGAAGAGGAUAAAAGAAGGACAAAAAAGGCAAAAAUGAAGAUAGAAGAGAGUUCAGGAAUAGAGGGGGUGGAAAAUGAAGAAUCUCAGAAACCACUGAACAGGUUUUUUACACAUGUGAAAUCAGAACUCAGGAGUAGACCAUCAGGAUAUUCUGAUAUUUCUGAGUCAGAAGACUCCGGACCCGAGUGCACUGCACUGAAAAAUAAUUUUACCACUGAAGAGUCUGAAAGUUCAGGUGAUGAAAAGAAACAAGAAAUAACAUCCAACUUUAAGGAGGAAUCGAAUGUGAUGAGGAACUUCCUUCAAAAGAGCCAGAAGCCAUCUAGAAGUGAAAUUCCAGUUAAAAGGGAAUGUCCUACCUCGACGAGCACAGAGGAAGAAGCUAUUCAGGGCAUGCUAUCUAUGGCAGGGUUGCACUAUUCCACUUGUUUACAAAGGCAAAUACAAAGCACAGACUGCAGUGGUGAAAGAAGCUCUCUCCAGGAUCCCAGCAGCUGCCAUAGCAGUAACCUUGAGGUUAGGCAGUUGUAUCGCUAUGAUAAACCAGUGGAAUGUGGAUACCAUGUCAAGACUGAAGAACAAGACUUGAGGACUUCCUCCUGGAUUAAACAGUUUGAUAAUUCUAGAUUUAAUCCUCAGGAUCUAAGUAGAAGCCAGAAAUGCAUCAAAAAGGAAGGUUCAUCAGAAAUUAGUCAGAGGGUACAAAGUAGGAAUUACGUGGACAGCAGCAGCUCAAGCCUUCAGAAUGGAAAGUAUAUGCAGAAUUCAAACCUGACUUCGGGGGCGUGCCAGAUAAGUAACGGCAGUCUAAGCCCAGAAAGGCCAGUUGGUGAAACUUCCUUCUCAUUGCCCCUUCACCCCACCAAGAGACCGGCAUCAAAUCCACCACCUAUCAGCAACCAGGCAACAAAAGGUAAACGUCCAAAAAAAGGAAUGGCAACAGCCAAACAACGUCUUGGGAAGAUCCUUAAGUUGAACAGAAAUGGCCAUGCACGUUUCUUUGUGUGACAGAGCUGCUGUUGCAGCCAUUCUUCCCUUUGGAGACCAGUCUAGGGGUGCAGGAGCCUGGAGCUUCUGCCAUCCCCCUGCCUGGAGCAGUUUGUGUGAAUAGUAAGAACACUGCCCGAAGAACAGAAUGAACCUGAUGCUGCAUUUUCACUGUGCCACACCCACUCAGCAAUAACCAUUUUGGACCUGGUGGGGGAGAGGAAGGAGGAGGGUAGAACCUUAAAAAGAGACCUUGAACUGGAAAGGGUCUCUUGUCAGGGCUUGAAUUUUAUUUUGUUGUUGGUAGUGUCUGGAUGUAUUUUCAGUGGUAGGGUAAAGAAUUAUCAAUAAUUUAUUUAACAGAUUUUUUUUUUAAAGUUAACAGCUUUUAAAUUCUUUUUUUAAAGCUAUUUAUUUGGAAGAUUUCUGGAGAAAUAUCUCACUAAUUUAGAUGUAAGAAUGUGAUGGUUUUUAAAUUAUUUUUGAUAGUGUGUGUGUUACAUGUGGGGAAGAGCCACGGUAACAGUAACUAGUCUGGACUCUUAAAUUUGAUAUUCAGGUUAAAGUCUUAAACAGGGAUUUGAUGCAUUAAUUAUUUUAAAUUAAGAUGUAUAUGAAAAUCAUUUUAUUUUAUAUAUUUCAUGUGUUUUUUAUAAGCUAUUAGCUUCGCUUUUGCUAACAUCCAAGGUGCAUACUGUUAUCCAGGUUGAUUAACUUAUAUCUCACUUCCCUCUGCACUCCCAUCAUUUUGUGAUAACCCAGUGAGACUCUUCUCUUUGCAGGGAAACACUUUCAUAGCCAAUGUGUAAGAACUCCGUAAAAGAUCCCUCAUUUUGUUUGACAUUGUGAUUUUCUUCUCAAUAUUAAAAAAAAAAUAGGCUUUUGCAUUUUCAUUUCUGCUGAUAAUAUCUGGGUCCCAAAGAGAACAGCUUUAAUAUCUUUUUCCUAUUUUAGGGAAAAGUAUUAUAAGUUUGGUUAAAUUGUCAUGUUUAUAGUUUUUCCAAAUACAUUUGUAACUACAGUGGGCCUUCUUCAUACUGCUGGUGUUGCACAACAGGACUGACACCUGCUGCAGAGGUUAUAUCUUACGAUGCUUUUAUUCACCAUAUCUGAUUUGUUGAAAAUAUUUUUGACUUAGGAUAUUCAAAUCUGCAUAAUAAGCCGUAAUAUAUAGGAUUAAUACUACAUUAAUUUGUAUAGAAGCAAGCAUGUUGGAAUAGAUUUUUUGUGUGUAUUUACUUUUUCAUUUCUUAAUUUUCUAAAGAAUUAUUUAAGAUAUGGAUUUGGAGUAAAAUGGGUGCUUCUGGCAGUUUAUUCCAUCUAUCCUAAUCUGACAAGUGCAUACUGAAGUUAAGUAUCCGGUUAAACUUUAAUUAUUUAUCUCCUUUAUGUAUAAUUUUUACUAAAUGCAGAUUUCAGUUGCUUGUAGUACCCAUUUUCCCUUUUUUUCCUUUCAUGGCAUAAAAAUAAGUGAUUUCUGGGGGUGGGGUGGAAAUGUUCUCAAGUCUGACAAUAGAGCAUUUUACAAAUUCCUACAAAGAAAAUAUAGGCAAAUAGAUAAAAUUUACUUUUGUGGAGAAGUAUGGCCAUAUUAUGGAUUUGUCUUUUUUUACUUAGCAAUAUAGCAGGACUUAACCCUUCUGUAUUAUCACUUGAAUUGCUAAUAAGAAAAAAGUCUAUACCAUCAUCUUUACACAUUUGAAUGCAACCAUGAUUUUCAAAGAAAAAUAUUCCUUAGUGUCUGCAUUCCAAAAUUUCAUGGGAUAAAUAUCAAAUAGUUUAUGAAGUAGCCUUGCUGGUUCAGAUGGACCAAAGUCUGAAUCUUAUCUGGGUAUCAGG